UUACUGGUGGCAUAUCUGGUGAUAUUGUCGUAGUGUGCAUAUUGUUUAAGUGUCCCACAGAACGUCAUUAAUAGCUUAACUUUAUGGUUUAUCACAGAGAGUUUAUAUACUUUGAACAUAUAAUGAUGUGGUGUUUGCUCGGACUUUCACUUCUUAUAUGUCACGUGGUCUACGCAGCGGACAUCGAUUACUUGAGAUCAACAAUUACCAAACACUUCUCAGAAAAUCGUCACCACGUGAACAACAAUACUAACAAAAUGGCCUCCAAGGAAUUUAUAUACAACGAGUUUAAAAGAUUCGGGCUUCAAACCUUCUAUCAUAACUUCAAUAACACCGGCAUAUCUACAGUACCUUUUGCAAAUGUCGUUGGUAUUCUAAAGGGCACGAACUUUGGAAAGGUAAAUGAUAAGAUUAUCGGACUUGGUGCUCACUAUAACACUGUGCAACAUACGAAAGGAGUUGAUGAUAACGGUGCCGGUGUAGCAGCCAUGUUGGAAGUUGCUAAGCAACUGACAGGCCAAAACAAACAAGGAGUGACGCGCAAAAACACAAUUAUAUUUGUGUCUUUCGACCUAGAGGAAGAACGUUAUAUAGGCAGCGAAGUUUUUAUCCAGAAUUGGCUGAAUCCAUGGCUUGACAAGAAUUAUGGUAACGCGGCCCGAUCCUUACAACCGCAUGGAAUAAUUAUUUUAGAUACUGUAAUGGAGUAUAAUACAUCCAGUAAUUCUCAGAAAUUACCUAAUGGAGCAGCAUAUUUUUUUCCAAAGUCUUACGAAAGUAUAGAGUCUGACAAUUUCCAAGGUGAUUUUCUGGCUAUGAUAUAUCGCAAAACCGUCGAUGGUUCACUCGCAACAUCAAUGACAAUGUCCUGGUCAUCUGAGAAGCGUCCUCAGUUUGAAAUAGAAUCGUUUCCUUUACCAUUUACAAAUAUUAGUUCCCUGAAUCAGACCGUGAAGGAUUCUUUUGAAAAUUUCUUUCGCAGUGAUCACACAAACUUCUGGCUUGACAAUAUACCAGCGAUAUUUUUGACAGAUUCAGGAAAUUUCCGUGGAGACAUGGUGAAAUGUUAUCACCAUCCUUGUGAUGAUCUAGCUACGAUGCUUACUGAUGAUAACAUUAACUUCCUUGGCAAGACAUCAGAUGCCAUUGCAAGAUCAAUCAAUGAAUUGUCAGAGCCAACCAAACCCGAUACAAGUGGAUGCAUCCGAGUUUCAGUAAGCCAUGUGAUUUCUGCUUUGAUGGUGCUAGCCUUUUUUAUUUUAUAGCACGAUUGUCCUGAUGUGAAAAAUAUAAGUGAUGAACUAGUUUGUCGUGCAAAUGCAGCUUUUGGAGGUUUUUCGUUGAAAUAACAUUAUUAUAAAUGUAAAAGAAAUGAUAAUUUUAUCUUUACUGUCUGUAAAUUAUGUAGAUUGUUUACUAGAUUUUGAUUUCCAGUCUUUCGUUACACCUUCAUACAUUCCAUUGUUCGUCAUUUUGAUAACGUAACACAAAAGAGUACUAUCUUGUUGAUAAUGCCAUUUUCAGUCUUUUGAGACCAACUUUUGUCAUACUAUAUUAAGAAAACUAAAAUGCGAAAUAAGUAACACAUAUUUAAUGACAUAACACAAAUGAGUACGGCAACUUUGUUGUGAUAAUGACAUUCUUUAGUAUUUUGUGAAAGCAUCAUAUUUUCAUCUUUCGUCAUUUUUAUAGCAUAAUACAUGUGAAAAGUGUUAUGCGUCGUUAUGAAAAUGACAUAAAAAUCAUUUAUUUACAUAUUUUGUGAAGUCAUUUCAUGUAUAUUUUUUCAUGUAUAAUUUUUUCACAUAAUAAAAUUGUAUAAAAAAAGAAUAUUU